CUUGAAAUGGCCUUGUCACCAACCUACCUCAGGUAAUAUUUCUACAAGGACGAACGUGAUUAAAGUGAAGUAUCGCUUUGCCGUCGAAGAGAUGAUUAGUUGACCUUGUGAACCAAUUUAGGAUGAGUGGUUUUGGGUGGAGAGUGGAGGGCAAACGGAAAUUGCGGCAUAUUGUCUUACUAUCUCAAAACGCUAAGUUUUGCCCUCGGACUUGGCCGCGAGGGGGCUAGAGCGAGAGUGUUUUCAAAAGCAAAAUGGCGGCUGUCGGGGAUGGCAAGGAACCGGUGUGUUAUGAUGUUGUGGCCGUGUUACCAGCUGGUGGAUCCGGAGUGAGAAUGAACUUGAGACUCCCUAAGCAGGUAAAAAUUAAAUAAUAUUUAAUAAAAGUACUUGAUUUGAUACAUUGGCAAGUCUGUAGAUCGUCUUUGGCAUACUUCUUGAAUAUCGGAAUGCACUGUUUUUUGUAAGGGCAAAUAUCUUAUGCUCGGAAAUUCGAGCAUUAUGCUUUUGAGCGUCACCCCUAAAACAUAGCAUUAUGCCCAAAAUUUUGGUAGAUUUUUCAUUAUGCUCCAUUUAAUAACUCAUUUUAUUUAUUUAAGAGCGUUUAAGAGCCCUUCAACCCCCACUACCCCUCCCUUCCACCGACGGGUGAAACUUGCUAGGGGUAGAUAAAAGUCUUACUGCACUUUAAAACGACAUUUUUUUACAUGAGCAUUUGAGAUAGUAACCAGGCCUUCUUUGAAAUGACUACCCGAAAAAAUGACAGAAUGAGACGCUGAAGACGAUCCUGAAAACUUUUUCGUUAUAAAAUUACUAGAAAUGCAGUUUAAUGCAUUAUGCCCAGAAUUAUGCUGGCAUAAUGAAAAUUGAACCCAUACCCCCCUUAGACAUAUUUUAUAAUUUCCUUAGUCAAAGCUACUGUACUUUUAGAGGUGGUUUUAAGUGUUACAACCAAUAAAGGGGAACAAAACACUCUAAUGGAGAAACGCCUAUCUUCCCUGACACUGAUUACUUCAAAACUUGAGUCAGUAGGAGGUGGAUGUUUAUUGGUGGGGAUGGAGGCAGGUGGGGUUUCCCAUGAUAGUAGAUUGUUUUAUUUAGAAUUAUCCUUGCAGCCCGAGAAGCUGACAACGAUGAGCUUUACAUAAGUAGACCAUAUGAAGCAGUGGCCUUUGAGAUGAAAUAUCUAAUGAAUGAGUUAUAUUCUGAGAACUCUCAGUGUAUUGAAGAUUGCUAAAUUAAUUAUGCUUAAGAAGUUUGACAGCCUCUAUUUGACUGCUGUCUUUUUUUUAAGUUUUGUGAAAUUAAAGAAAGGCCAUUGAUCAGUUACACCUUGGCAGCAUUUGAAAGGUAAACCUUUAUGAUAUCAAAGUUUGUUUCCUAUAUUAUUGCACUAGCAAUUUGAUAGAUGGGAGGUCAAAAUUUCUGAAUUUUGGCCAAGAUAAUUUUUGCCUUUUAAAAUCAUGAGGUGAGCAAAACAAAAUGAAGGUAGAUUUGUAGCCAUCUUAACUGCAAAGAAGAGCUUGGUCAAUCAAGUAUUUGAUUUGUGGCAGAGAACCAGAAAGUGGCCAAAACUUUGUGAAAUGAAGAGUCAAUGGGUCAAACUUAAAGUGAAGUCUGUGAAAUAACAAGACUGUUUGUUCAGUGGGUGUGUCUUUUUUCAUAAUCUUAAUCUUAACAGUGAUAUUUUGCACUGUAGUGUGUCAUGGAUCAGGGAAGUUGUUGUUCCCAUCAAUGUAAACUAUAUAAAGGAAGCACAGCAGGUAAUGCCUAUCAUUAAAAUAUGCCACCAGACUUUAUUGUAGAGAUCAUUUUUCUCUUUGGUGUUGGAUUUAUCUAGCUGUUUGGUAAAGUCUUCACUUGAGGCAAGGGGUCUAUCCAGCUGGUGCUUGUCCCAGUUUCUGUAGCAUGAAGUGAAAAGAUGUAUUACUACUCAAUUCCCUUGGAUGGGAUGCCAGUCCAUUUCAGAUUACCACCAGCAUUUCAUUGGGCUUCCCUGACAAUUUGCCAAAACCCAUUUAUACUACUGGGUGAAGAGGGGCACUGUGAGUGUAAAAUGUCUUACCCAAGAACACAGCACAACGACCAACCAGAUCUCAGACCUAGAAAUCUCAACCUGGAGUCCAGUAGACUAAGUCCUAUACCUCUGUGUCUCUCAUGAUUCAACCAGUAUUAACAGGAUAAUUUGUGAGCUGUAAACCAAUUUUCGUAAAUCAAUAUUAUUACAUGUAUGUUCAUAGUAUACACAUUUAUUGAUGUUAUCCUUAUUUUUUGUACUGUUCUACAGAUUUUGAAAGACUUUAAUCACAGUAAAGUCAGAUUAGUUUAUGGAGGGUCCACAAGGUCAGUUUAGAAUAUAAUCACACUCUGAGUGACUCUAUUCUCCUGAAGUUCAGAGUGACUAAUUUCAGGCUGAGGUGCAGAGAUGGCUUUUUGAGUUAGGUUUCCCUGAAAUAAUUUCCCUGGCUUUGCAUUUAGUUCAAUAGGACAGAACUAUGGGAACCUCAAACAGGUCAGAAAAUGAAAGAGGUGGGACUCUUGACCAAUAAGGGGGAGGAUUUGGUAGGAUGGACAUGGUAGGGCAGGAAGAAAUGAGUAUUCAAGCUGAUGUAAGGGUAUAUUGUUUCAUCUUCCUCAUCUGUAAAUAGACACAGAUCAUUAUGGAAUGGUAUUCAAGCAAUCACUGCAGAUGGAAGAGGUUCACCAACAGUAGUAAGUGAAAAUGGUAAAUGCAAUAAUCUUAGUGAUCAUUUUCAAAUUAUGUAAUGGUUAUUUACUGCUAUUCAAAUCAUUUAUACAUUUUUUUAUAAACACAACUGUGUAUUAUUGCUAUACUGUAUGGAGUUUAAAAGAUAAACCCCAAUGUUUUUAGAACUACUACAAGUCAUAAAUUAGACUAAUUUCUCUGGAGUUUCCACAAUGUAAUCAAUUAAAGAUGAUAAUGAUAAUAAUAAUAAUGAUAAUAAUAAUAAUGAUAAUAAUAAUAAUGAUAAUAAUAAUUUAGCAGUGGACAUUUCUUGAUUUGCUUCUAAUGAUUUCUGUAUGAAGUGGGUAUAUUUGGAUGAAUUAUAUUUGAAAUUAUGAUUAGAAGACAAACAAACACCAAUGAAAUGUUACAAAUGUUUGGCUAUGAAAUUAAUGCUGUUUCUUAAACUGUUUCUUUCAUGUAGAUUGCUAUAAAGACUUAAAAAUUUAGAAACAAUCAUGCUAUCCAAGAAUAAUUGGAGCUCAGCUAAUAUGAUGGGUCAUAACACAAUAAAAAUUCUGAGAGGAUUUCAGAUGUUAAUGGUUGUUUUAAACUGAGAAUGAGGAUUGCAUAAGACUUUGAACAGUUAAUGUGAUCCUUAAAUGAUGUUCCUUAAAUUCCAAUGGAAACAGCUGUCAUAAUUUUUUUCUGUUUAAGGUAAUUCUUCAUGAUGCUGUAAGGCCAUUUGUUGAUGAACAAACUCUAAGGAGUGUGACCAUGGCUGCUAAAAAGCAUGGGGUAAGUGAACUUGUGAUUUGUGGAUGAUGAUUCCAUAUUGUCAACUUAUUUAGGUCUGUUUUUGUUAAUUCUUCCUCAGGCAGCUGGGAUGAUCAGACCACUUUCAUCUACAGUUGUUGCUCAGUUGUGUGACGGGUUCCUAGAUCAUUCACUUGACAGGUAAUGUGGGAUUAGCAUUCACAGCUAUUGAAGCAGUCCAGAUGCUCCACAUUGAAUAUGAAGUGCAUUGAAGAAUGCAAGGGUGGACUCUGAGUCAUCAGGGCUGUCAUCACUUGAUACCAAAUUUAGAUGAAUAUAUUGAGCUGUCAGUUGCCCCAGUUUUGAUUAAACAAGCUGGUAUCUUACCCUUCAGGAAAAUAAGGGCAUCAUCAUAAUUAUAAUUAGCAUCUGUAGGCUGAUCAGAUAAUUCCAAAUAAAUGUCAUUAUUUUUUAAUCUCACCCAACCUAUGCAUGGUUAACUGAUCUCUAGUCAUGUGUUCCAAAUCUUGGUCUCCAACUGAUACCAUGAACAGGACUUCUUUCAAACUUUGGUAUAUUUCAAGAUAGAGAAUUUCUGAAUGGAUCUUUGUUAUAAUCAGGCAGUCUUGAUUGGAGACGUCAGAGGACAUUGAUACCAAUUUGUCAAAUUUCUUAUGUAAUAUGACCUUUGCACAUAGGUCAAAGUUCAGGGCAAGUGAAAUGCCACAAGCUUUCAAAUAUGAAGUCAUUCAGAAAGCCUACAUGAAGGUUUGGAUCAAAAUAAUGCUUUUAUGCUUGCGAUUUGAGCAUGUUUUCUUUUCAUUUCCUUUUUUAACUGUAGGGCAUCACUUUAGGCUGUUUCUUGUUUAUUUGAUACCUUACUCACAGUUGUUUUUCAGUUAAGAUUAAAAAUUAGUUCUCUGCUCCAUUAAAAUUUUUAGAUGAUGUGAAUUGUUCAUUCUCAAUAUAGCUUCAACACAGAUACUUAUUUUCAUUUUUUCAUGGUAUGUUUUUUUUUUCAUCUUUCAGUGCACAGAACAUGACUUUGAUUAUGGCACAGAGUGUUUACACCUGGCUCAAAAGUAUGCUGAUACAAAUGCUCUGUUGAUUGAUGGACCUGAGUUUCUUUGGAAGGUUAUUAAUUUUACUUCUGGUGCAAAGACAGCCAUUAACACCAAUCAUGACAAGAAUAAUACACUUUAACCCCAAAGAGUUGUUGGCAUCUUAUCUCUCCUUAAUGUGUCACUGUUGAAUCAAAUAUUAAGGCCAUGAGAAUUAAAGAAAUGAUCACUCACCAUAGAUGCUCCUAAUUGUUGAACAAAUUCUCCUUGUCAGUAACAUAGCAAAUGGACAGAGAACAGUAUGGAGAAUAUGCAUACCAAUCCUAAGGUGUAAAGGCUUAAUUUAUUCUUAGUUUCCCAUUCAAGUUAUGGCUAAAUGUUAAGUGAAGGGCAUCUACAUUUUAAGAUGUUCACUAUCACAAUCAAAGCAUGUUGGUGAGGAGUAAAAUUUUGGAUCAGCCUGUGAUUGGUCACUGAUGAAGUAACAAGGAAAAUUGGCAGAUUGAGUUGAUAUCCAAACCAUCUCUUUGGAAAGCUACAAAGUUCAUGAAGCUUUAAACCUCAAUUGGUACCUCCUUGAGUUUAGUUUUUGUCAAGUGCCAUGAAUUGUUUGCGGAUGUUCCAUUACUCCUGAAGUUUAACUUCUUAUUUCCAUGGGUCACCAAGACAGAAUUUCUCCUUACAAUAUCAGUACAGUAUCAAGCGGACGAUUGGUGGGAAUAAAGAAAAAUUUCCAUUGAAGGAUUAAUAGUUGAUCCAGUACCAAAUUCUCCAAACUAACAUGGCAGACUAUGGCAGGCAGUUCAGAUAAUUAAUAAUGAGAUCUGGGAGUGAGGAGAUUAAUUGUUCAAAUGAUGAUGUCAUCUCCAAUGCUAAACCAUGUUAUGUAGUCAGCUGAGUUAUACAUGCAUUUUGAUUGGCUCUUACUAAUGAUCUGUCAGAGGGCCGGUGCAUAGAUGACGUCACUGAGCAAAAGUUUGCUUCUCUAUUAUGUAAGAUAAGUAUACUCCAUGAUGCCAUGUGCAUGUGCCUCUUCGGUGCUAGAUUUAAAAAGAUGUCAACGAGCGGUGAGAACAUCGGUGACACGUACGGCUGAGCUUGGUUUGCCACUGUUUCUCUUCAUGCGCUCUCUUUUUAACGCAUCUUACGACAUUUGUGAUUAAUUAUUUAACAGACACACGAAAGUUUGGAAUCAAUUUGUUAAAUGAGUCAUUUUCUUCUCAACUCUGAUAGAAGUCUUACUUAUCCAAGCUCCGAGUCACCUUUGAUAGCAUGCAUGUAUAUUUAUAGGUUACCCACAGAAAGGAUUUGUAUUCUGCCGAAGGAAUCUUGAAAGGUGCGCAAAUUUUGUUUGUUGUAUGAUCCAAUUUUUAAUUGAGUUAAGAAAAAACAAAAUUAAAAAAGAUAUGCUCUUACUGACAUUCAACAGAAAGGUCGGAUUGCCAGGGUUGAUCUGUGUACAUGUAGAAAUCUAAGUAGAAAUCUAGGGGUACAUGUGUUGUACAGGAAUACAUGAUUUAUCUCUUUACAAUAACUGAUUCGGGGAUUGUUUUCCACAGAAAAGCAACAGCAAGUGCUGUUGGUGAUUAAUGGAACAGACUUCCCAGAGUUCGCGGGAAAGCUGCAUGAACAGUUGCAAGAGAGAGAUGAAAUGGUACGUUUGGGUUGUUUUAAUCACAGUGAAUGUGUUUUUUCUAGCCAUGUGUCUGAACGAACCAAGCAUUAGUCAGAAGUGCCCUAUCCCCUACCGAUGAUGAUGAGAUGACCGUAGCAGGUCCAAGUUAGGAGUUUCUUGGACUGGUGCGCUGAGAAGUGUCUCUUCUCUACCUGUAUGGCAUGAAUAUUGCGUGGAGUUUAAUUGAAGAAUAUUUUUCCGAUAGUCCUCAAUCGUCCAGUAUAUGCGCGUGUAGAUGCCGCAAGAUGUGACCGAUACGUGUCGCCUUUAGCCGAGUGUAAAACUGCACACGCGAUCUAAGUGUCAAUUUGUAUUUUGCGUAGCCAGACUCUCUCGAAAUAUUUGUCUAAUAAUCAUCUGUAGCAUAAAUUACUCGACGAUUAAGUUUUUCUCCAACCAUGUUAUUGCUCUGCUGCUGGAAUCAGUUGAAUGUCGUAACAAAAGGUCCAAGAAAAAAUUUCAGUGGUCUUGAACCGCCAAAAUCUUAUCCUGCCAGAAAAAAAAUGGAAAAAAUAAAAGUAAAAUCGCCUCAAAAGACAACUCUGUAGAAUUCUCAUCCUGCACGACAGUUUCGAGCGAUGGUUUUGCAGCGGAAAACUGUAUCUCUAAUAACUGGGUAUGUGUUGUCUUGUAAGUGUUUUUCAUGUUACAGCUAGGAAGGUCAAGCUUAACAAUAUACUUCACCAUUGGACUUCUAAAAUGAUUGUGUUUCUAGGUCACGUAUCUUCCUGACAUAUCUUCAGAUGGACAUCUAUCACAAGAUACUGCGCAGUGUUUGGUUAGUUUAGUCUUAGCAGCACGUCGCUACCUGUUAAGAAUUUUUUUUUUCAUAAUACCUAUUUUUUUAAUUUCACCGUCCAACUAGAGAGAUAAACGUCAAACAAGUUUGCUUCAGUCUUAAAAAAAUUAAAAAUACACUAUUUGGUCCAUUGCAGGACGUCAACUUCUAUUCGCUGUUUCGGGAAGUUAGCGCCACUUCGUAAUGUUUUGUUGAUGUAAAAGAAGCGGGCCAAGCGCUGAUAAGGCUGACAUGCUUGCAUGCUGAUCAUGGCGUCAUAACGCUCCACCUCUCUAUGUAGCCCAGGUGGAGGAAACUGACUUGUUACAGACGUACCUCAUUUCAUGUUCUGUUAUUACAGGCAUCCCAAAUUAACUUGAAACAGAUAGCUCCCGGUUGUUGUGUAUCUGUUGUUUAUGUGACGCAGAGCACACACUCAGAUGAACAAGCAGUUUGCAAGGUACAAUGCCUUACCAUUUAGCAUGCUGAAUUUAGAAUGCCUUUUAUUCUCUGAGAGUCAGAGUUUAUAUGUUUCGAUCACAAUCGAUAGCACUCUGUUAAACAUUACAGUUUUUUACUUGUUUAUAAGGUAAGACCAGUUAAAUGUCAUAUACAUGUUCGAAAUCAGUGCCUUCGGUUCUAAAUUUGGAAUUAAAAAUCUUAUUUUUUCUUCUGUUUUUGCCCAAAUCCUAUCCUUUUAUUUCAGAUUAAACCAUUCUUACUACGGUAGUUAUAUGUAACAGCUCUGAUUAUUUUCAUUUUUCUUGGAAGUGCUUUUCCGAUUUAACUUAAUUGUCACUCACACAUUGUUAUAUUUCUUCUUUCUAGGGCCACAACACAACAGUUAUCCAGUCAUUUCUCAGAUCAUUCUGCGAGACGCUCGACUCCUGUUUGUUAAAAAGUGUAAGACUGGUGAAUGUUGGAUUUCGUCGCGGUAUUGAGGAUUUUAAUACAUUUAAGGUAAGCUUUGCUACGAAUUAUAAUAACCAGCUCAGAUCUUUGUACACUGCCGAAAGUGGACAGAAGGACACAGAUUUGAACCACUGUUAGAGCUUAUUUCGGUUAUCAUGAGGCCAGAGUUAGUAUUACCUCUUGCUCUAGAUGGAAUACCAGUCUAUUGCAGGAAGUCCACUCCAGCACAAUGUUUUCAUGGACAUAGUGAAAAUUAAGUGUCCUGCCUAAAAAUACAGCAUAAUGGCCCGGCCAUGGCCCCAGGCGAGCACACUAACUGCCAGUCCGCCAUGUCCCGUUCAGGUGGAGAAUACUGGCUGGUAAAAAGGUGAAAACUAAGCAGGUUGAAAUCCAAAUUUGGCAUGAACUGUCCUCAACUGAUCUCUGGCAUCUUUAGUUGACUUCUGUUGGUUAGUUACUUUUGCAUAUUUUCUGUUUCAGUUUUCCUAAUUCUUUAUUUCAUUCAAUGGAUUUAAGAGGAUAUAAGUUCACCAAGUGGAUUUGAUCGGUGGAUUUUGAUUAUAACUGGUAACGACUACCUUUUUUAGUAUUUAUUGCCCCACCAGUCCAAAUUAUUCAGCUACCUUCACUCUAAAGGCCAUUUUCUGUUUUUUACCGCCAAACACAGUGUCCUUGGUUGGUAGCCGAAAGUUAUGAAGUGGUGAGAGAAUCGGAUGUUAAUCAACUCGAUCAGCACGUAUGUUUAUUUCGUCCACAGGCAGCUAUAAAAGAUCUCCAGUCCUGUUUACAGCAACAAGGCGUAAAUUGUUUCGGUGUGCUUGUUCCCGCUAACAGUGCAAACGAACCCGAAGUAUGUUUCCUUUUUAUUUUUAUUUUCAUCUCAUCACACGUUUAUGAAGCAAACAUUUGUUUAUGUUCUUAAUUAAAACUGAUCUCAGUUAAGAGUUUUGAAGUUCACGUGUAUUCGUGGCAGUCCAUACAGAGCCUUUGUUUGGUUUAUACCACUCCAUGUUUGUCUACGAAUAAACGCCCUAAUUUGAGUACACCUUCGUAUUCACGGGAGCAAUGUUUGAGAAACAUACCAUGAUUAUCGGCCAUUAUUGUCAUGAUGGACAAGGAUUUGUCACGUGUCAUUUUGGUCUCAAUCCAUGAUGAUAACGUCUUGAAGUUGACUAUCGUAAGUCUCCUGGUCAUGCAUCCCAAAUAUAUCAAGGCACUGAAACGUUAAACCUAUUAACUUAGUUUCAAUUCUUGAAGUAGUUAAUGAUUUUGAGUUUGUCUCCGUUCCAUGCCUUUGGCGUUAUAUGCUAUAUUUGUUUGAAGUUUAAAUAAAUCGAAGACAUGAAAUUCUGUCCGUUAUUCUCUGCAGGAUAAAGACGCUGAUAUCAAGAGAAUUGUGAAAGCUGCUGAGCUGACAGUGGGCGCAUUAUUGGACGUACCGUCAUUAUUUGAUGGACAAGUAUUCGACGCAAACACGUGACUCGUGUGGAGUAGAGAGGCAUGCUUGUUAUGGUUCAAAGGGCUGGUGAAUACAGAUACAAUUCAGAGCCAACAAGACUUCUAAUUCCCUUAUUCAAAGCAGAUAAGAUCAUAGUGGUGAACACUUUGGGGUUAAGAAGCCUUGAAUGUCCUGAAAAACAGAAAAACUUGUUAGAGGAACUGUGAGUAGAAGGAUUUAAGACAAAAUGAACAGUGGUGUACACAAUGCCUUACUGAAAGUAACGCCCAGAGGGCUAAUGGUCUGAUUC